AUGGCCCCGGAUGUCACUCUGCACAACAAUCCCUACGUCACGCCCCACCCCACAGAGUCCACAGGAACCUGUGAUCCAACUCUCAACAUGAACCUCAGUCUUGAACUUACAUUCUUCCUGGUGAAUUCAUGCCUCUACUGUCUGGAGGGGACCCCAAGAGGCUCACCAUACACCAGCUGGGCCUAUGGCAACACGGGGCUCUACCCUCCAGCAACUGUGAGCCCCCCCUGGGACUACACCCCUCCCCAGGCCUCAGAAGAUUCCUAUUCGAGAAACACCUUCCUAGAGAACUUCAGGACACAGCGGCUGACUCCGGACCUGUUGACACUGGGACCUGCAGUGCCUUCCUCCAUCCCUGUCCCCAGCAGUGCCUACGGGCCCCCCGACUUACCUAUGAGCUUCUUUCCUCCAACCAGAAGCCCCCCCAGUCCAGCGGUCAAUUCCUCCCCCAACCUUCCUGGAACCCUGCCCCUGUCCACCUGUGAGGGCGGGGAGUAUAGGUACUGCAGAGCGAGAGCCACUCCACAUUGCUGGCUAUGCAAUGCCGAUGGUCAGAUGAUGAAUAGGCAGAACAAGCCCAAAAGGCGCCGGAUCGUCAGCAAGCGGGCAGGUACCCAGUGCACCAACUGCCAGACAACUACCACGACACUGUGGCGGAGGAAUGCCAGUGGGGACCCCGUGUGCAAUGCCUGCGGCCUCUAUUACAAAUUACACCAGGUGAACCGGCCACUGACCAUGCGGAAGGAUGGUAUCCAGACUAGAAAACCCAGGACAUCACAGAAAGAAAAGAAGCCAGUGUCGAGUCUGGCAGGCACAGGACCAGCUGAUGGACCAGCUGGUGGCUUCAUGGUGGUGGCUGGGGGCAGCGAUGGUGGGAAUUGUGGGGAAGUGGCCUCAGGCUUGACACUGGGCCCACCUGGUACUGCCCAUCUCUACCAAGGCCCCGGCCCCGAGGUGCUGUCAGGGCCUGUCAGCCACCUCAUGCCUUUCCCCGGGCCCCUGUUGGGUUCGCCCACAGGCUCCUUCCCCACAGGCCCCAUGCCUCCCACCAGCACUGUGGAGGCGCCACUGAGCCCAUGAGGACACAGAGCAUGGCCUCAGAGCAGGGGUAGGGUCCCUCUCCGCGUGGAGCCAGAAGUUUCUACAACCCAACCUGUUAGCCCCCGCACAACCUUUGGUCUGGACCAUCAACGAUUUGUAAAAUAAAGCACCAAAGUCCUGAAGUUGGAGGUGUGAGUCUGAGUGGGACUGAAUAAAGAGCCGUGGUAGGUGGGGUGUGCAACGGUGCCUGUGGUUCUCUGGUGAUGGCGUGAGGCUGUGUGAGACAGCACGUGGGACCCUUCAUGAUAGUGGGUUAUGAUGUGCAAGUA